ACAUUGGAGGCUCUUAACAAAAUGCGCAGAACUCUUCGAUUGGAAGGCCUUCCUGUGGGAAGUAGCAAGAUAAAAGUAAAAUUAUUUCUUGAGAAAGUAUGUAAAAGAUGUAAUAUUCAGCUUUAUGAAAUAUUAGCGUCGACAUCAAGUACGGAAAUAACUUUCAGUACGGAAGAAGAGCUUCAAAAAUUCAGCACAAGUAUACCUGGAUAUGAAUUUGGGGGAAAUACAUAUUACCUACGCACUUACAUUUCUGAUGACAAUGAUGAACACCAUUCUGAGGAUAAUGUAAAUGUGGAAGAAAACCCAAGAUCACAAAACAUCAGCUGUAUUGAAAAGCCAACUUGGGAUCUUUCUAGAACGUACACAUGGUUUGAUAUGGAAGAACUUUGGGAUCAGGAGAAUCAAAAAGCCAUCUUAGUUCAAAUAAAGGAUGCAAAUAUUGGACCCAAUGAUAUCAUCAAAUAUUUUGAAGAUGCAAAUGAUUCGAAUGAUGCUCAUGUUAACAAAAUGUUGCUCAUGGUUGAUGGAAUUCUCAUUACAUUUUACUCUGAAAAUGCAGUAACAAGGAUAUUAGAGAAGAAGAAGCAUAAAAUCAAUGGCAUAGAAUUGCUCGUUUUUAAGAAAAUUAUUCCAGAAUAUCAUAAAGAUCAACUGAUUUUGCACAAUGUAUCUGGUGAAAAUUUAUCAAAGGAGGCUAGAAUCAUGGAAGUUUCUAAUUUCUCUCCCAUUGGAACUUCUCCAGAAAAUAUCACAGACACAGACAUUGGUGAUAUUUAUUGCAUCAAUUAUGAGGUGGAACUGGAUACUGAUGACUUUAAAGGCAUAUUGGAAAAUUCUAAAUGCAAUGACUUCUAUGACAGUAGUAAAAUUUUACCAUUGGCAAAAUCUGAUUGCAUUAUCGCAAAGGGUUUGCCAAAAGAUUUCAAUACUCGGGAAUUAAAAAUUAUCUUUGAAAAUAAAAGGUACACUGAUAGUGCUGAAAUAACAAGAAUUGACAAACUUAAAAAUGGAGAUGUACUUCUUUAUUUUACAUCAUUCAAAGUUGUGUAUUCAGAUGCUGAAAAAAUCUUCAAAAAAUACAAGGACGAAGGUGUGCAAGCUUUAAAUCUUCAAUUCAAUAUUGAACUCUAUUAUCACUGCUUUUCUUCCUUUCACAAGAAUUUGGUGGAAGAACAUUUUUUUGAUGUUGUUUCUCAAACUAUGCAAGAACAUGAAACUGAACCAAUGAGAUUCGAAUAUACCAAUUUUGAAGAAGAUGUAUUUCAAUUUCUUAUCAAACGGAAAAAUCACAUGCAUGAUUUGCAUAAUGAGCUUGAAAAGUUUGCAACUGUUGGUAUAAGAAACAAAAUGUUUGAAAUAAAACCAAUCUCUCUUGAACACAUAGAUAAUCACAACACCUUCAAAGCAACAUGCAUCAAAAUAUUGGACCAAUUCUUCAAGAAGUAUACUGUAUCAACUUAUCAUGAGAUAAAAGUUUCAAACCUGAAAAAAGUUAGAGAAAACUUCCCAUCGGGCUCAGUGACUUCGUCUAAUUUGCGCAAAGAUGGAUGUGAUGAUCUGGAAAAAGAUUACAAUGUUAAAUGGACAGGCACAGAUUCUCAUAUCUUGGUGGUAACUGGGUUAAAGGAUGUUGUAGCAUCAACUGUAAAAGACAUUGUAGCUAGUACUAAUAUAGAAGAAGAAUUCCAACAGUUGGAUGAAGGAAAAUAUAGAUGGGUUGUUGACACUGGUGAACUGGAAAGAAUACAGAAGGAAGCUACCGGUAAGUGUGUUAUAAAACAACAUGAUGACGAACAUAAACUCUCAUAUGAAGGAACUCCGGCACAUACUUUAAAUGCAAAAUAUCAGAUGUUACAUUGCAUAGAGUCGAUUAAAGAUCAGGAAUUUGAAUGUCUUGACCAGGAUCAAAAACGGUUUUUGACAAAUUCAAACAAUGAAAAGUAUGUCAUUGCCUAUAUUAACAAGGCGUUGGUAUCAAUAAAAGGAACUAUUACUAUUGAUGGCCAAGUUUUAAAAAUUUGGUGCAAUGGGAAUAAAAUCAAUACAGCAGUGGUCAGAAUCAGAGGUCUCUUAACAACAGACAAAUCUGUUACUCUAUCAAAUGCAAACAAAGAAGCAUUGAAACUUAAAGAAUGGAAGGACAAAAAAGAAUUUUUGGAAUCCAAUCACAUGCUUGAGAUUUCCAUUCAAAACACAUCCCUCCGGAUUGUUGGUUUCUGUGAAUUUAUGAAAAAUGCUGUGUCAUUAGUACAUGAAUUCUUGGAAGAAUAUUCAGAAGAUGUUUUAUUUUAUGAGACAACAUAUGGAAAAGCAGAAUAUCUAUUCAAAUACUCAACAGACUUUAAAAAAUGCUUGGAAAAUAAAAAGAUUAAAGCUGGCGUAGAAUUUGACUCGAAAUGUGGCAUAAGAUUGGAGGGUAAAAAGAAAUUAAUUGCAAAAGUUCACAAAGAUUUGAAAACAUGGGAUGAAAAAAUCUCUGAAAAAACUGAAAAAUUUGAAAAAUUCAAAAUACAAGAGUAUUUAUAUAGUCCAGAUGGUAAAGCUGCAAUUGGGAAAGUUUGUACAGACCAUAAAUGUGUGAUUUUGAUUGAAGGGGAAAUACCAAAACUAACCAAAAUGGAGAAGAUUGUUACAGAAAGAAAUGAAAUACCAUCCCUACCUCAAGAGCCACGCACCAUCAAACAGGAACAUGAUUCACCAUUCACUCUAAGAAGCAAUGGAAACGCUGAAGUUAGCAACAUAAAAUUAUCAGUACACGAGGGUGAUAUAACUUUAUCAAAACAUGUUGGAAUUGUAAACAGCAUUGGCAAUAGCUUUUCUUUAAAACAAGGAGGUCAGUUGUGCAAGGUUAUUCUGAAAAAGGGAGGAAACCAAAUCCAGUCACAACUGGAUAGUGAAACAGACAAAACAAUGCGAAUAACUAGUGGUGGUAGUUUGCCAUGCAAGUAUGUAGUCCAUGCUGUCUUUGAAAAAAAUUGUCGCACUAAUGAAAAGCAACUAAAACGGAUUUUUGAUGAAGCGGAAAAGAGACAAUGGAAGUCAAUUGCCAUUCCUGCCAUCGGAACAGGGGAUAUGUCAAUGUCCAGCAAAGAUAGUGCAUCAACGAUUUUGGAAGUUUUCAAAAAUUUCAAGGCUUCAUCGCCAAGGCAUUUGAAAGUCAUCGAUGUUGUGAUAUUUAACAAAUCUCUGAUUAGCACCUUUGAAGAGACAUUUUCAACCAAGUCAGAAUCUUCAUCCUCCAUCAAAGCACACAACUCAUCUGAUGCCACUGGAAUUCAGACUACAGCAUCAAAUGCUGUAACAAUUGGUCCUAUCUUAGUUUCAGUAAAAGAGGGGGAUAUAACUGAUGAUAAAAACGACAUUAUUGUCAGUAGUGUUGGCUCAAACUUUGAUUUAUCCAAAGGAAAUGUCUCAAAAACAAUUCUCCAAAAAGGAGGAAAACAGAUUCAAGAGGAAUUGUCAAAUGCAGCUGGGAGAGAAUUGAGAGUAACGAGCGGAGGAAAGCUUCAAUGCAGAAAGAUAUUUCAUGUGGUCUUUCCUAACACUGAGCAACAAAUGAUAGAAUGUAUUCAAAACAUUCUCAACGAGGCUGAAAAAUGUCAAUCUGCAUCUAUAUCUUUGCCUGCACUUGGGACAGGAAAUCUGAACCUGCAGAGUGCUGCAGUUGCAGCUCUUAUGCGAAAAUCAUUGAAUCAGUUUGUUUCAAAGAAUUCUGCAACAAAAUAUUUAAAAAAAGUUGAUGUGGUGAUAUAUGACAAACCAAAAAUACAGGAUUUCAUUAAGGAGUUAAUAACUGCUCAGAAAGGUGCUGUACCUAAACUUCAAACAGCUUCACCUAAAUUUGUGAGACUAACAACACAGAGAUCUUCGACUCCAAGGUCUUCAAUAGAAGAGGCAUUAUUACGGAUGAAAGGUAUAUGGGGGGGUAUUCACAACAACCCACCUCAUAGAAGAACACCAAAGUUUGGAAAUCUUGAAGUUGCUGUUCGACAAGGAGAUAUUACACAAGAGAAAGUUGAUGCUAUUGUUAAUAGCACUGGAUCUUGUUUCAAUCUAUCACAUGGGAUGGUCUCUAAGGCAAUACUUUUGAAUGGAGGAAAUAAAAUACAAAAAGAAUUAUCAUCUCAAAAAAAGGAUGAUACAAUAAGGAUGACAAGUGGUGGAAAAUUGCAGUGCAAAAAAAUAUUUCAUGUAGCAUUUCCAGAUGAUCAAAAGAAAUUACAGGAGUGUCUAUUUAAAACAUUGAAUAUGGUGGAUGACAAUGGCUGUAUAUCUUUAUCUAUUCCAGCAAUUGGAACAGGAAACAAAAAGAUGUCUAAUGAUGUUAUGGCAAAAAUUAUCCAUGAUGCCAUAACAGAUUUCAUCUUGAAUCGACCAGUUACAAAAUCAUUAAAUAUCAUUAAUGUUGUAAUAUAUGAGCAACAUAGAGUAAAGGCAUUUGAAGAAGGCAUAUUGGGUGCAAACAUUAGAGAAGAUGUCAAAAAAAUGCCAGAUUUUCAGUCAAAGCAAGUAAUGCAAGAUUCUCUACAUGAGGAAAAAGUUGAAAUACCCAUAUAUGACAAAUCCAAUUUAAUUUGUCUGCAUUCGAUCACUCUGCAUUUCUAUUCAGCUAAGAAGAUGGAAAUGGCUAUUGAAUCAAUGAAAAGACAUAUUGAUGCUGCAUUUGACACAAAAAUUAUAUCGAUACCUAACAAACAACUAAGAAAAUGGAUCGAAGAUGAUUUAAAAUCAAUGAAAUCUUCUGGAAAAGUUGAUGUUGAUAUUCGACUUGAUGAUAAAAUCUCACUAAAAGGUUUGAAAGUUGACGUUGCUACUGUAAGUCAACAAAUUCUAAAACUUCAAGACGACUUCAAGGUGGCUGAUAUAGUAGCAGAACAUGCAAUGUAUACAUGGAAAUACUAUAAUGUACAGGAGAAAAAAUGGAUUGAUUUUGAUGCACAGUCAAGCGUAGUUAUAGAAAAAGCAAAAAAAAAGUCGAACAACACCAAGAUCAAAAUAUUAAUCAAUGGUGUCAGGCAAGACUGUUCAAUUGAUUUCAAAGCUAUGAAGAUUUCCGGAAAAAGUUUUGUAUACAAAGUUGAAAGAGACAUAAAGGAAGAGAUUCCAUCUCAUUGGGAAAAGAUGUCAGAGAUUGAAAAUUUGAAAGAUGUACAACUCAAUUCAUCCUGUGCAGAAUUUCGUGAAAUUGAGGAAAACUUAGGCAAAACUCUCAGCAACUUUAAUAUAAACUCGAUACACCGAAUACAAAACAAACGUCUAUACAAUAGAUAUCAACAGGAAAAAAGACGAGUGGCAAAGUUGUACCCUGGUAAAAAUAUUGAAAUGAAAUUAUUUCAUGGAACUAAAGCAGACAUUGCAAAUAAAAUUACAACAGAUGGCUUUGACCGUGGAUAUUGUGGUUCUGCGAAUGAUGUUGCAUUUGGGAAUGGCGUAUACUUUGCAAAAAAUGCGUCAUAUUCUAAUAAUACAAAGUAUGCUACACCAGAGAAGAAUAACGAAAGAACAAUUAUUGUCGCUAAUGUCAUCACUGGAGAAUAUCAGAAAGGAACCCGUGGAAUGAAAUCUGCUGAACGUAUAUCAAGUAGUGCAGAAAUGUAUAAUUGUGUUGUAAAUGACACAACUAAUCCCACAAUUUUUGUAAUAUUUGUUGAUGCUGGAGCAUACCCAUCUUAUCUGAUCAAAUAUACCGUGUAGUUAUGCGAAUGAGUUUCUUUUAAUAAAUGUGAUUCAGACAUAAUUUUUUCAUCAUGGUUGUGUCUUUGUAAUAUUUUGUUAUAGAUUAUUAACUUUUGACCAUUCCUGUAGUCGUAACAAGUAACUAAUUGCAAUAUAUAAUUCAAUUAAAAAAAAAACUUUGUUAUGGCUGCAAUCAUUGUGUGUUUUUAAGACAAGGCAAUGGAACUUAUCUCUCAUAGUAUAAAACAUAUACUAGUUCCUCAAUUUGACGAUCUUUGCCUAGUUGAGUGUC